AUGAAUUCUCAGAUAUCAUCUCCUACUCCAAGGGACUUUGGUAUAAGGUCUCCACCUCCAAGAGAUGUUGUGAGGUCUCCUCCUCCUCCAAGAGACGAUGGUAUAAGGUCUCCUCCUCCAAGGUCUGUCGGUGUGAGAACUCCUCCUCCAAUGUCUGCUGGUAUGAUGUCUUCGAUGGCUGGUAUGGUGUCUCCUCCUCCGAGAUCUCCUCCUCCAAGGGCCGCUGGUGUGAGAUCCCCUCCUCCUCCGAGAUCCCCUCAACCACGAAGACCUUCACAUCUUCUUCACCACGGUUCAUCCUCUGACCAACGUCUCGGCCAUCUCAUCGCUUACGGCACACUCCCUCCCGAACCCGAUUCUGAACCACCAAUCUUCCAAGAAGUCAUUCCCGAACCCGAACCUUCCAAGCCGACAAACCCGAGCUCCCGAGCCCUACCUCCCGAUCUACUUCGCGGCCUUUUGAUGCUUCUCAUGGCUAUGGACCACAUGGGUCUUGCUCUCAACAGCUGGUCCCACGGCACCGGUCGCGAAACCGAGAUGGAUGGCUUGCCGAUUAAAGAAUGGAACACAGAUUUCGCCUACUUUAUCCGCACGCUUACGCAUCUUUGCGCGCCGGGCUUUACGCUGCUUUUGGGCGUGGGAGUGGUGUAUCUUGGACGAUCGCGAACGAAGCUGGGCUGGUCCAAGCUACGAAUCAUGCAAUACUUUGCUGUGCGCAUGGGAGUUUUGAUCUUUGCGAACUUUGUCAUGGGCUUUGCUAUGACGAUGGGCAAGGUCUGGCUGAUGAACAUGGUUUUGUUUUCGCUCGCCAUUGAUUACUUCCUUGCGGGUAUGCUCUGGUUGGCAAUUGACUCAACGGAGCCUCUUUUGGCGAGCGCUAUUAAUCGCUUCUUCCCCGAGGAGGAAGAUGAUGAGGAGAACGUACCACUGUUGGAGAGUGUAAUUGUCAUCAAGACCAGCCGUGCUGAGCGCAUUUCAUGGCAUGCGCAUAAUGCUCUUCUUGCUGUGCUUGCGCUGGUUACGAUUUGGUGGAACAUUUGGCUUUCGCCAACCCACGGCCACUGUGAGAUCAAGGACCACUCACAGGUCCUCUCUUCCGACAACAGUGGUGGUCCUUCCGAUGGCCCUGCUGUAUCCCACGAUCCCUGGUUCGGCUUCUGGUUCUGGACCACUCUUACACCGCGCGUCAUGUCCGUCUUCCCACCCAUGGCAUGGGUAUCCUUUGCCAUCCUGGGAUUACUCUAUGGUCGCAUCGACGUCGCAAAGACCUGGAACGCUCGAGUCUCUUCUCUGUGCCAUUUGGUCGCAGGUCUAUUUUUCUUCCUCUUCUUUGUCCUCACGCGCGUCGCACACUUUGGCAACCUCUCCGAAGGAUGUCUGCAGACACCUGCCCACGUCGCCCACCCCGAGCGCAACCAGUACCUCGUCUCAGUACAGUCCUUCUUCUACAUCAUGAAGUACCCUCCUGAUGUCGCAUUCUGGGCUUUUACCAUGGCUGGUAACUUUUUCCUUCUUGCCAUCUUCAAAGGUAUUCCCACAAGAGUGGCGAGCCGAUUCACCAUGCUGAUCGACUUUGGACGAGCUGCGUUGUUCUUUUACAUCGUGCACAUGUUCUUCGUCUUCGGCUUUGGUGCUUUCUGGGUGUAUAUGUUUGGUCAUGAUACAGGAAGGAAGAAGCCCAUGAACCCUGAUGUCACGGAUGGUAUUGACAAUCCUUUCGCAUUUCUUGCCAUUUGGGCGAUGGCCAUGUUGUUGUUGUGGCCUGUGGUUAGAUGGUAUAGCCGCUUCAAGGCUACCAAGACUGCAGACUCCCUUUGGAGACUCUUUUAA